AGAGAGAGAGAGAGGAGGAAGCAAAAUCAAACAAGGAGGAAGAGCAAUGGCGACACUGGCUCGCCAAAGAGCAAGUCCGGACAGCGUCUUUUGUCAGCCUUGGUCCUCGUCCGUCAGUGCGGCUGAAUUGCGUCCAGUUGGCGGUAAGUUGAGAUGCUCCGCCGCCGUCUGUUUCCCUCGCCGCAGGACUUUCAUCUCGUCGUCUGCCAUGUCUGCAAACAGGUGGUCACUACUCAGAGCAUCCUCGCGCACUACGGUAGCUGGGGUUUAGUUUCCCAGUGAGACAGAGGGCAAGAAUCCUGGACCACAACCCCCCUCCGUCCCCUCCCCACUUUGCUCCCACAAAGACAUGCAUAGCAAGAACCAGCGGCGCCACGGCUCUCCCGUGCCUUCCAGGAGCCCGGUGGUCCUCAUGAAGGCCAAGGCACCUGCAGCCACCCCAGCCGUCACAAGCGGUGCCUGGGACACCCUGGCCUUUCGGAUCCCUAAAGACUACCCUCACUCUCGGUUUAGCAAGGCACCGCUGGCUGUGUAUCCUCCGAAGGGGGCCCGGAACAAGACAUGUGUAUCCCUUCCAGUGGUCAGCUUGGAAAAGAUACCCUGCCUCAGCAGCCGAAGCGACUCCCAAGUCCGCCUCAGCCCGUCUCCUUUGCCCUCCGCCUCCCCUCACAAACAACCUCCGCUCACUUCCCCGGCCAAGCUAAUUAACGGUCGAGGCAGCGGCGGGCCGUCCACGCCGCGCUCCUCCGCGUCACCGUCCUCCCAGCACGAGCGCCCCGGCUCCACGCGCUCUCCCCUUGACAGGCGGCCGUCAACGUCGCCUUCCCCCUCGCCGCUGGACAGGAAACCCUCCCCCACUCCUUCCCCGUCAAAGCGCCCGCUCUCUCUGCUGUCGUCACCUUUGGAUAAGAAGAACCAAAAUGGAGCGAAGACUUCUUCCCGGUCGCACAAAAUACUGUCAGGGAGAGUGUUUGACCCCAACAAGCACUGCGGCGUCCUGGACCCUGACACCAAACAGCCGUGCACGCGCUCCCUCACCUGCAAGACUCACUCGUUAACCCACCGCCGAGGCGUUCCAGGUCGAAAGAAACAUUUUGACAUCCUCCUGGCCGAGCACAGAGGCAGGACCAAGGAGAAGGAGGGGGCAAAGGACAAGGACAAGGAGGGAAACGACAGCUGCAGCCCGAGUCUCGCGUCACAAGAGGCCACAGCAAGUCCGAGCAAGCCUCCCUGCCCGAAUGGACGACCCCUGUCCAGCCUGAAACUAAGGCUGGCAAACGCACACAUACCCAGGGUUCCAGGCAUUACCGCCUCUACUCCUCAGCCUCAAACAACCGCUUCCUUUCCCGCCCCAGCCUCCAAUCCGGAGCCGCCACCCCACUCUUGUCCAGCGACAGCAGGUGGAGAAGGCGGCCGACUCUCCAGCGACGAAGCAGAGGCGGAGACUCCAGAGGACGCUGACAGACCGCCUGCCUUUCACUUCUCAAAUGUCCAUCCUAAGCCUUCAGGGUUCUGCAUAUUCAACAGCAGGCUCAUGGGACGAGGCCAUUUUGUGUUCGACAGGCGAUGGGACAAGAUGAGGCUGGCGCUCCAGAACAUGGUGGAGAAACACCUCAAUGCACAAAUGUGGAGGAAGGUUCCACUUGCAGCCGAGAGUCUCCCCUCAGCUUCACCCUCUGGCACUUCACAGCUGGCGCACCCUCCCUCUCCAAAGUCAGACACUUUUACCUCCACGUCCAAUCCCGUCUCUUGUGGGGUUUCUCUGUCAGCACCCGGAGGCCUUACUUUCAAAGAUGCUCACCUUUCCACGCUAGGAGUUUCCCGUCACGCCGCGCACAAGGUCAGUCGCCUAACCAAAGAGAGAGAGGACUCUCGAUUGGGGGCCGACGUCAGAAAAAACUCUUCCUGCUCCUUUCCAACUGUGGACACUCAUAAGAGAAACGGGACCAGCUAUCAUCCGACACAGCAAAGGUCAGGGGGGCCAGGUGCCACCCCUGCAAGGAAAAAGGGACACGGUCCAGAAGGAAAUGGACUUUGGAGCUACAGUGACCGUUGGUUAACGAGAGCAGAGGGAUCCCACAGCCGUAGCAGUCGCAAUCACGCCAACAGCAGUAAACUUUACCCGUCAAGCAUGGAGCUGUCUCCCGCCUCCAGCCAGACUCCUUCUUCCUCUGGAGCCCUGACUUAUGGGCGUAAAGCAGAGGGGCGGAAGAGGAGGAGCCCCAGCUCUUACGACAGGAAGGCUGUCAACAAACUGAGCCGGCUCGACGCCUUAUUUGGGAAUGAUAGUGAAUCCCAAAAACAGCUCCCCGACUUGAUACCAACUGAAGAUAGGAGGACAAUUUCACAGCGCAGAGUCGAAGUAAUUCAGUAUUUUUGGACACAUCACACGGUGGUUAGCAACCAACACUAUUUUGGAAGCAUAAGUAUGAAUAUUUGGACCUUUUAUCAGUAUUUGUAAUUGCAAGUUAACAUUACGUGUCUUUUGGCCUUACAUUCCUGUCCGUUCAAAUUAUGCAUGUUUUUUUUUUUUUGGUUGUGGGUUGAAAUGCAUUCACUUUCACUAUUGGUGUUUCAUUUUUUCCCAAUGUUUUACCAGCCUAAUAAUGAUCUGGAAGUUCCCAUCAUCAUCAUCCUUUUAACAAAGUAACUUAGAUGGGAAGAUACUUUGUGAUGCAGCUAAAAAAAACAACGCCAAAACAAAAGUUGACAGGCAUUGAUCUCAGGAUGCAUUAUCUUUGCUUCCCUUUUCCGUGUUAAUUCCAAAUUAUAUUUUAUUUAUAAUUAAUAAGUAAAUAUUUUAUUUAUAUACAUAUCACUUUGUAAUAUAUAUUUUAUUUAUAUUAUGUUUAACAUAUAUACUGUAUAUAUGUAUGUGUGUGUGUAUAUAUAUGUAUAUAUAUGUGUGUGUGUGUAUAUAUGUAUAUAUAUAUAUAUAUGUAUACAUAUAUAUAAUAUAUCUGUGUAUGUAUGUAUGUAUAUAUAUAUAUGCAUAUAUAGAAAAUGAAUGGAUGGAUAUAUAUGUGUAUAUAUUUAUAUAUGUGUCUAUAUAUAUAUGUGUAUGUAUAUAUUUAUGU